UAGCGACGAGGACAAGUGGCGUGAGUCCUACGAAUUGGGAUGCUCGUGGGAGGAUCCCGUUCGGAGCCGGGGCAACGAUCCCGUCCAUCCUGCCAGCAGACUUUGAGGGUAUUCACGGUAGAUGGGGCCGGUUCUGGAUCUCGGAGACGCUACUGGCGCGGAUACAGCAGAGCUUGAGUCGGCCGGUCGUGUAGCCGUAGCUACGAAGGCACCGGAGCGGAUCUAUCGGGAUUCAGGAUGCCCGAAAUCGCUCGACCUGAUCAAUCACUUUGUGUCUCUGUACUUUGACAAGUUUGAGGCGCAGAUGCCGAUCAUCCAUCUCCCGACUUUUCGUAUCGACGAGGCCGAUCCGCUGCUCGUCGCCUCGAUGAUCUCGCUCGGAGCCACGUUCUCUCGGCUUCCUGGAUCCAAGACGUUCUCGACCGAGCUGGUCGAAGUCGUUCGCAGAUGCAUCAACGUGUUGUUUGAACUGGACAGUGCGAACCUGCGCAGCGUCGACCUGGUCCACGUCUCGAUGCUGUCUUGCAUUUCAGGAUUGUUGAGUGGGACCAAGCGGAGCUACGAGAUGGCAGAGGCGGCCCGAGGUGUCUUGGUUACCCUCUGUCGACGAGCCGACCUGCUGAACUCGUCGUCCUCGUUGAGGCAGCUCGCGCUCACGGACAACGGUGGCACCGAUCCGUCGGGACGCUGGCUCAGGUGGGCUCGCGCAGAAAGUCGUAAACGCUUAGGGACCUGCAUAUGUCUGCUCGACUCGAUGUUCCCGGCCAUGCACGACACUCCAGCGUACAUCUCGCAGGGACAGAUGACGGGCGUGGUGCUUCCGUGUGACGAGGUCUACUGGCAGGCCACCUCGGCUAGGAUGUGGACCGACUCGCUGGGGAUCGCGGGCAUCCCGCCGUCGCCUUUAUUCGCCUCUGCCAUCUCUGCCAUCCUUACACCUAUACGGAUACCGCGCGAACUUCGUCCCGCACCCAUUCGAUCGCUCAGUCCGUUCGGAGGGCUCGUCUUGAUAAGCGCGCUGCAGCAUCAUAUCUUUGAGUACGGCGCGCAAUCGGACGUCUACCAUUCGAUCGGGGUUCACGUGCCCGUGUUAUCAGAGGUCGAGGGCUCCCAUGGCGGCUUCGAGGGCAGACGCAAGUGGCUGCGACAAUCGCUCGAGUCUUGGCGUACACAUUAUCACAACGGCGAUGAAGCCGAUCCGAUGGUUCGGGCUGGUCAAGUGCUCUAUCACGUGGGUCAUAUCGCUCUCGCGGUCAAUAUCCGCGUCUUGUUCACCGCGGCAGGAAAGAUGGGAUGGGAGACGGCGCGCCGUUCUCUGCCGGAUCUGGAAGCUUGGGCAGGGACCGGACAGGCCGAGGUGGCGACGAAGCAUGCUCUCGAUCUAUUGGACGUGCUUGCAGCGCCGGGCUCGGUCGACCUGUUUUACCUGCCAGGAAGCGCUUUCAUCGCCGUGCUAGCGCUAUGGGCUGCUCGCAAGAAAGGUUCGAUACCAAGUCCGGCAUCGCUCGAACGCAUGAUCCGACUAGGUAUGCACGUGCACUAGGACGCUUGCGCGGCCAACGCCAAAGCCGUAC